AUGAACACGGUGUAUCCGAAGAUGAUGAUGCAGAUCGCGCUGCGUCGAGCCCCGCCCAUGCCCCCGGAUUUCGUCCAUCUAUCGGUGUCUGACCUCAAGCCGGACGCGAAGCCCGUGGCGCAUCGGGAGCCACCUGACAGCGAUACUGGCGCGAAGAAUACCUCUCUUUCCGAGGCUCAAGCGGAGGCGGAUGACCACGCGCCUCAGAUUCUGCCUGUGGCGAUUCCGUCUUUUGCAGAGGAAGGGGCUGGUGGGCGACGUUUGGAGAGUUUUCUGCUGAAGGCUACAGGCGAGACCGACGAUGAUGGCGAAGCAGUAAAGGACAGAGCAAAGAACCCUGGCAUAGGCGAGCCAGUCGCGCAUGAGCUUGUCAGCAGCAACUUACCGAAUCUUGCCGGGAUGCGUCCGUCGCGGAACUCUCCAUCUCCCUCGCGCCGUGACGAUUCAUUCGAUCCGACCGGCCGAUUGCGUCAGGAUAUUGACCAACUUAAUGCAAGUGCGGCCAGAAAUAGCGACGAGAUACCAGGGAUACUACAGAACUCACCUUUUUAUGACCUCGCCAUCGCUCGCAGCUAUCGUUCCGCCGACGACCAAGCCGCAGAAGUUCAGCGACCGAACAGCUCUGUCUUCCCGGGAGCUGCGGUAUUGUUCCAGGGAGUCGGCGGUCAUGCAGCAGAGAAAUUCGAGCUAGCCUUACGGCAGGGAGCAAUGAGCGAGGAAAUUGGAGAGCAAGACAGGGUCGAGGCUUGA